AUGUCUGAGCUCGACGUCCAGAUCCCCUCUGCCUUCGGUACGGAUUGCUUCUGUUUGAUUUAUUGGGCCAUUCACCUUAAAACCAGUUGGCUUUGGAUGGUAAUCAAUUUGGGACUACACUAAACAUGGCCCUCAUUUGCAAGCUUACUCAUUCAAAGCCAUAGAUGAGGCUCAUUCAGCCCACCUAACCAUCAGCUCUGAUAUCAUCAUGUUAUUUCUAUUGGGCCAUCUCACUCAAUACCAAUUGGGUGUGAGUAUGAUAGUCACUGUUUAAUUCUACAAUAACUAAUACGGAACUAAUCUCAACAAUUAAUCCUAGCCCAAGAGCGCCAGUCAGCUCUGACAUCAUGUUAGUUUUAUUAGGUCAUCUCAUUCAAAACCAAGAGGCUUUGACCACUUAGUUAUUGACAAGAUUUCAUUCUAUCUGACCGGUAUGCUAUUUUGUUGCCCACCCCUCGGUGCAGAUCCUUUCGCUGAUGCGAAUGCUGCGGACUCUGCUGCGGGCACAAAGGAGUACGUGCAUGUGCGUGUGCAGCAAAGGAACGGCAGGAAGUGCUUGACCACGGUGCAGGGGCUGAAGAAGCAGUACAGCUACAGCAAGAUCUUGAAGGACCUCAAGAAGGAGUUCUGCUGUAAUGGUACCGUUGUUCAGGAUCCAGAGCUGGGCCAGGUACCACAGACUAGGGUUUUUUCAGUUUUAUGUGCAGUCAAGUAUCCGGAUAUUUUUCUCACCAUUGGUUUGACUUAUUUAUCUAUUUAUGUAACUCUUUGGAGAUACUCCUGCUCUUCUCGUGGGGUCGAAGUUAUAUUUGUUCAGACGAAGUUUUUGUUUUUUUUUUUUCCGUAGCCAAAUGUUCAAGCCUGGGGAAUUAAGAAUAAGUAAUGAGGCAGGGCAUUUAAUUAGAGUAUAGAAGGAAAAAGUCAAAUAUUCAGUGGAAGAACUGGAGGUCCUUUUGAACAUUGUCCUCUAAGAGGAAACCACUAAAUCCUCGCCUAGGGUUUCGAUUGCAUUCCGCACCGUUGACUUUCUGCUGGUUUCUUCCCCCUUUACUCAUACCAUUUGAUUUACUUUCCGCAGGUAAUCCAGCUGCAAGGUGAUCAGAGGAAAAAUGUUUCCACCUUCCUUAUUCAGGUACAUUCGAAUAAAUAACAUUUAAUUUCUGUCUUUGAAGGGUGCAUAUGAUUGUGGAUUGGCCUUAAGAACUAGGUCAAUUUACCCUGCAAUUGUUCUUUCUAUUUCCUGCUAUGAUAAGUCAGUCAAAAUAAUCGAUAAGUCUUCAAGAUCUUGAUCCUUGGGCGAUAAUAUUUCCCCACAAACUUUAGUGGCCUUCUGUGCGGAUUUUCCCUGACCUCAAGACUUUGUCACCUUCGCUCCUCAGGCUGGGAUUGUGAAGAAGGAGAACAUCAAGCUCCACGGUUUCUAA